GUUACACAUUUCCUGCUCAGAGCUGGGCAGUCUCACUGAAACCAGGCAGGAGAAACCAGAGGGAUCAGAGGUCCUGGCAGGAUCAAGGGCAGGACGAUGGCCACCAAGGGCAGUGACCUCAGCACCAGAAUGUCUGCAGAGGACCAGGACAUAUAUAACAGUGUUAAGGAGACUGCAGGCAAGCUCUUCAAAAGGCAUAAGGUGGAAAUUUCAAAUGCAAUAAAAACACCAUUUCCUUUCUUUGAAAUGCUCCGGGACCAUGAAUUCAUCACUAAUGAAAAAUAUAACGAGUAUCAAGCAAAGCUUAUGCGAAUUCCUGUAACAGCAGCUGUAUAUGAUAUUCUUAAUGAACUGCAGGAGACAUUUGACUUGCCCCUUCUGCGUGAUUUGUUCAGCAAUACCAUCAUGGAGAACUAUCCUGAUUUACGUCGCAGUUACACAAUCUUCAAAAGAGAGAUAUCAAACAUAAGCAAUUACCUGGAAAGUGAUGCAGAAGAAAAUGAGGGGAGAUCUGGUAUUCAACUAAGCCUUGAACAAGGAACUGACAGAAACUCAUAUCCAAACCUGCCUUGGAGUGGCCCUCAUUCCCUGAAUUACACUGGUACAGCCACAUCUGAUAUUGGACUCUCAAAUGACAUGUCUGAAGAAGAGAUAAGUGUGAUUGUUGAUACAACCACUGGCAACAACGAUGCCCUAGAAAGCCAACAAGCAAAUGAACAAAUUGCCCAGGUGUCUGAGCCAGUAGGGUCAAAAAACCACAAAGAAGAAUAUGUAGAUUUUCACUCUGAAAUACUUCCUGUGACCUGUGGAGAGAUGAAAGGCAUGUUAUAUAAGAACAAGUUGGAAGAAGGAUCCACGGUGAAGUGCAUAAAGACAGAGGAUGGAAACUGGUUCACCCCCCAGGAAUUUGAAGCUGCAGGGAACUAUAAAACGUUCAAGAAAUUGGAAGAACACUGUGCGCUGUGGUGGGAAAACCCUAAAACGGCUGAUGGAGGUAUUUGA